CCAUAGUAUUUACAUUUGGAUGAUUAAUUUCUAAUAAUUACGUUUUAAUGAUUUCAUAUUUUCUAAAUACAACAUUUAGAUGUUUACAUAUAUAAAAUAAAUAUAAAGAAGUUUGUUUUGGAUAAAAAUGGCUUCCAGUGAAUCAAGCCCUCUGCUCAAUAAAUUAACAAUAAAAAAUAGUAAAUUGUCUUCAAGAGCGUCAUUCAUAGAAAAUAAACAUCUUAAAAAUGUUUCAUCAGAUUUAAAACGUGAACCAUAUGUUUUUAAUAAGAAUCUUGUGAUUAAUGAUGAAAACACAUCAGAUUAUAUAAAUCAGGCAGCACAAUAUAGUCGAUACCAGUAUUAUAAUAAGCUCUAUGCAUUAAACUCAACAAAGUUUAUUAUACCAAAUCAUUUGGUACCUCGAGAACUUUUUUGGCCUCAUAUAGGUCCAAAAGGUUCUAAACAGUCAAGUAUUAUUACAAUCUUUGCUAUUUGGAAUACAAUGUUAGGAACUUCUUUAUUGAGUCUGCCAUGGGGUUUACAGCAGAGUGGAUUUGCAAUGGGAAUUACAUUAAUUAUACUGAUGGGAGUAAUUUGUUUGUUUACUUGUCUGAUGAUUGUUAAAAGUCGAAAAUAUGCAGUGGAAAAAGAAAAUGUUGAGUUUAUUGAUAUUUGUGAAAAGUAUCUUGGAAGUAUUGGAAAGUUUGUUGCUUUUAUUUUUGGUCUUGCUGCUUUUAUUGGUGCAAUUAUGGUGUAUUGGGUGCUUAUGUCAAACUUUUUGUUUAAAGUUGGUGUUUUUGUUCAUGUAAAGGUGUCAAUGGAAAAUCAAGAAUUGGUCCAAAAUUACCAUGGAAAAGUUGUAACAGAUCACAGUGAUGUAUCAGGCAGUGCAGUUAUUUGCCCUAGCAAACAGAAAAGUAUUAAUUACACAACUCCCUCACCUAAUAAAAGUAUGUUCUACAAAUAUUGGAACAAAGAAAAAUGGAUUCCUUUAUAUCUUAUACCUCUGCUUCUCCCUCUUUCUUGUUUCAAAUCUCCAACUUUCUUUACAAAGUUUAAUGCUGCUGGAACAAUUUCUGUUAUGUAUAUUUUGGUGUUUGUAAUUACAAAAGCUAUUACUUGGGGUCCUAAUUUGCAUUUUAAUCCUUCAAAUGACAUAGAAGCAUCUCAGUUAUACAACAGUGGUUUCCCUGCAUUGGCAGGAAUAUUAGCAUUGGCUUUUUACAUUCACAAUGCGAUUCUAUCAAUACUUUCAACCAACGAAAAACCUGAAAACAAUGUUCGCGAUGUUAGCAUAGCAUAUAUUCUUACUGGUUGUAUGUAUUUUACUGUAGCAGUUGUAUUUUAUUCCUGUUUUCCUUUGGAUAAAAGUUGCAUAGAGCAGGUUUUCCUUGACAAUUUUCCAUCAACUGAUAUCAUGGUGUUUAUUGCACAAUGUGGUCUAUUGUUUCAAAUGACAACAGUUUUUCCACUUCUUGUGUACAUAGUGCGAGUACAAAUAUUUUCUUAUUUUUGGAAUUCUAUUGAUUUUGGGUACUUACCAAUUAUCCUCUUAAGCACUCUAUCUGUAUCAACUGGAGUGUUUAUGGCAGUGUUUUAUCCACAAGUAGGACACAUUAUAAGAUAUGUUGGUUCACUGAGUGGUUUAGUCUUUAUUUUUACACUUCCGUCGUUGGUUUUUAUGAUAAUUAAUAAAUCGCAAGGCCAGCUAACAUGGUGGCGCAUUUUGAUUUACACAUUUUUGAUAUCUCUUGGUGUUGUCAAUUUAAUUGCACAGUUUUUAAUGAAAUGAGGAAACUAUACAAUAAUAAUAUAUUUUAUAUUAAAUAUAUA